UCCAAGCAUUGAAAAAUCGGCCCUUAUUCAACUAUUUUUAUUUGUUUCUUCUAUCGUUUCCUCCUAUCCUUCUAUCCUUCCUGUACUGGAAGUAAUAUGAAUAAGAUAUAUACAAAAAUACACCUUUAACUAGUUGUAAUAAUAUGUUCAGAAAUGAAAUGGUUACUAUUUUAUUAAAUGUAAUAUAUCAUCAUCAUUGACGAUAAAUAGAUAAGUACCUAAUUCGAGACAAAAAUGCUAUCUAGUUCCAAACUUCGCUCUGCCACUGCAAAUUUCAAAACAAUUAGCUUGAACUAAUUUUUUUAUUUACGUACGUCUUAAUAACAUAAGCAAGUAAAUAGUAGUCAGGUGUAGUAAUUAUUGCAUCAAGAAGCUGUACUUAUACACGCUCUCUAAGUACACGAUCUACAUGCGAUCUACUUUAUUUGGCCAACCAUAAAACUGAUAAAAAUCGAAUUCCAUAAAAAAUGGAUUUAAUCAGAAAUAUUAUUCAUCAUAUUAAUUGUAGGUAUUAAUUAUUAUCAAAUUACUGAUAAUAAUUACUACCUUCAUCAAACAAUAUUUUAAUUAGAAAUUAAAAAUGAAGCAAGAUACAUUACAGCAAUCUAUCGAUCUAAUGCGCUUAAAUUAUAAUUUCUUGUAGUUAUGUUGAUUAAUUUAAAAUGUAUGUUGAAGAGUCACAAGGAAGGUAUUCUUAUUGUAAGAGUGUUUUUGUUUGGUCAUAUCUUAUUAUAAUUUGUAAACUAUCUGAUGAUCGGGACAUAAUUGAGAUGCGACAGUCCUAAGCGACAGUCGUUAAACAUCAUUCUUGUCGGUUGCAUCUCGAAAUGGUCCGUUAUUUUGUCAUUCUAAUAUUUCUAACUGGUAUAAUUUGUGACGGUAGUAGAGAAAAGCAAGGGAAGCGGAAAAAUGAUGUCGGUGACAAAUCAUUAUGGAAAAAAGAAUACGAGAGUGAAUUAACAGACGCUAUGUUGUCUUCGAAACGCCUUAAGAAUGCCACGCGAAUCGCUCAAUCACCAACGACAACUGACAACGAAAUGGUAAUAGAAAAACUCGUCGAAUCGAUCACGUCCAGUGAACAGUACCUCAAGAAGGUGGAAAGCAUAGAUUUCAGAUUAAACAGAUUAGACAUAGAAAUACACGAGAAAACCAAUAGCAUUCUUAAAUACUUAACGGAGAUCAUUCAAGCCAUUCAAAAUAUGGGUAAUUCGGAGAGUAUAGAACCAGCUUUAGAAAAACUUAAUAAGGAUAUUAGCGAAAUUAAGCUUUACUUUGAAAAAAAUCCACGAGCAACGGGAAAGGUGGAAGGAGCAGAGUAUCAAGUAGACGCGUCGCUAGACAGCCGGCUCGCGUAUUUGGAGAGCCACAUGAAAAAUAUAAUGACGAGCAUCGAAUCCAUUGCAUCUGUGAUUUCGGAAGUAAAAACGCGCCAAAGCGCUCGAAUAGUCUCAAAACCUGAUGCCGGAGGAUCCUUGGAAGCCAUUGGCCUAAUUUCAGAGUUUAGACGAGCUCUGCAGGAACAAAAAAUGAAAAAGUGUGACUGCAAGUUUGGAAGAGUUGACCGCGUUGAAAGGUAUCCAACGGAUUGUCAAGAAAUUCAAUUGCAAGGCUUUAAUGUGUCUGGUAUUUACAAGAUUCGACCAGAUGAUAUGGAGCCCUUUUAUGUACUGUGCGAUCUUAAUACGGUUGGCGGAGGUUGGACUGUCAUACAGAAUCGCUUUGACGGUUCCCAAGAUUUCUACAAGAGCUGGUCUGACUACAAGCAUGGGUUUGGCAAUUUAGCUGGCGAAUUCUGGCUUGGGCUGGAAAAACUGAAUUAUCUCACGAACCAGAAGCUUUACGAAUUGAGGAUAGAGAUGGAAGCGCAGACGGGGCAGGAGGUGUCGGCGUCGUACUCCGUGUUCACUGUCGGGCCGGAGUAUGAGGGGUACAGAAUAAGCACGUUAGGCUCUUAUAGGGGAAAUGCUGGUGAUUCAUUGUCAUACCACGCGGGUCAGAAGUUCUCGACGUUUGACGUAGACAACGAUGAGUGGAGAGAUGGCGCGUGUGCCGUCGAACAUGGUGGCUCUUGGUGGUACAAGGAGUGUGACAAAAGUAAUUUGAACGGCAAGUACACUACGCCAGAGGAACACCACGGGCAGUCGAUCUAUUGGAUCUCGUUCAUGGGGCCCAGCUCACCACUUGCCAAGACGAGGAUGAUGAUACGGCCCUUGCCAGCCAGUCGACCUGCUGAUACCGAACAAUCUAGGAAAAUUCUAGACGCCCCAAAACCCCGGCCAAGUGAGAAGCAGAAGCCCCAUAAGGACGUGAGAGGGCCCUACGACAUGGCCCGUCGCCCGCCCUACCGCUAUGAAGACGCAGAAAGAUUCUUCCCGACUUAUGCUUAGAUAUUUAAUGUUAACUCAUAUAAAAACCCUUAUUGUAGCCAUACUUGUUAUUGAUACGGAUAAGUAAGAAUUUACAAGAUACAUAGCUGUUUAUUGUAGGAAAUGCUUGCGAUAUUUAUAAUUUAUAUUUUCAUAGCAAAAAAAUUAUCUAAAGUGAUGAUAAGAUUAUAUUAUGUUACCCUCCAAGCUUUGAAAAUAAACUACAGUACCUAUUUAAACGACGUAUUAUAAACAUAAUUCAUUCGCUGAAUAAUGGGUUUUUGUAAAUUGACGUCUUCAAUGCAUUAUUUUAGCUCUGUUUCUUUUAUAGUUCUUAUGUUUCAACGUUUAUUUAAACAUCAUUAUGUGAAUGUUGAAGUUGGUCGUAAAUAAAGUUUUACUUAAAAUACCACAA